CAGAAGAGUUAUGACACUUCAUGUCGAAAGUCCAGUUCCUUCAAAAAUCACAAGACUGAUGAUCAUUUUGAAAGACAGAGCAAUUAAUAAUUUAGGUACAUGGAAACCGGGAGGGUCUUCCGAACUGUCACAGAAAUUAACAAGCAACACUGUUUCUGGAACUGUAAAAUUUCUUAUACUCAUAGUUGAAGCUGAAGCCUUCAGUGGGCUUUAUAUAGUAAACGUUAUCGGGAACAUAAACGUUUCCAAUGUUUAGAAACGUCAUCUACGGUCUCAGUUCUGCAAUAAUUAUGGGUUGGAUAUUUCCAAAUAUAGUGAUUUGUCUGUGGUGUCAUGAGAUAAUCAUAGAGUAUAAAUUCACAUGACAGUGUGAAAAAUAUAAGGUUCACAGAACAUUUCAACAUCAGCAUAUUCUUACACGAAAUUACGGAGUGUUAGUACUUGAGAAAAUCUCUCAUUACAUUAUUUGUGUCCUCAAUUCCACUUCAGAUUUGUUAAUGAGGACGUGAGAACUAAAUGACCCCGUUUUAUAUAUGCAUAUAUAAACUUUGCAUCAAUGUGUUCUGUAAUUUAACAAUUAUCCCGUAUUGGCAUAAUGAAGAUCACAAUUAUGAAAUUGAUGAUCUUGGCGUUGGUGAUUUUGUCAAUCGGCAGUUUAGGACCACACUGUUUUCUAAUAUCAGUUUCUGGAAUUCAUUUCAAGAGAAGUGUUGCGGUCAAUGUACAGGAAGCGGAACCGAUGCCACAAUUCGAUUACAUGAUAUUAUAACGACAACAAAAACAUCAUAAGUGAAUAGGCUGUGAAUUUAACUGCGUAUUUUAUUAUCCUUCACACUGAUAAUUGAUGUUAUGUGAACUCCUAAGAUUGUGUUCAGUUGUACUCGUGAUUUUUCAAAAAUAAAGUAUGUGGACAGAUA